AUGGUGGUGGGAGUGUAUGGGAGGGGAUUGUGGGGGGGAGGGGGGGUGAUGGGGUGGGGUAGGGGGGGGUGGGGGGGUAGGUUUAGGGGGGGGGGGGUGGGGGUGGGUGGGUGGGUGGGUGGUGGGUGUGUGGUAGAAGUGGGUUGGUGGGGGGGUUUGGUUGGUGUUGUGUUUUGGUUUUGGGUUGGGGUGAGGGGGUGGGUGUUUAGGGUUAUUUGGUUGGGUAGUGGAUAUUGGUGUUGGGUUGGAUGUGGGGUGGGGGUGGGUGGGGUGUUGGGUUUGUGUGGUUAUGGGUGGGUGGGGUUAGGUUUAUGGGUAGGAGGGGGGUGUGUGUAG